GGUCCAGCCACCUGCUUGCCUAAUGCCUCUUUAUAACGCUCUCUUUCUCCCCACCGAAAAAUAAUAAUUAAUAUUAUCGAAUUUCUUAAAGCAACUUCGCAAAAUUCAUUUUCUCUGUGCGUGUAUUUCAACUUCUCAUCUCAUGGGCCAAUCACCGUCCACCGUUUUAGAGCCGACCGAUCGGUUUUCUCUUAGUCCACCGCGUCUUUCAAACGACUUUGCUGAGGAAGUUGUUCGGAGUCAAGAUUAUACCGCCGAUUUACCCGACGAUUGUUUGGCGUAUGUUUUUCAAUUUCUCGGGGCGAAGGAUCGGAAACAGUGUUCCCUUGUGUGCAAGAGGUGGCUUCAGGUGGACGCUUUCAGUCGGUAUCGGCUUUCUCUGAACGCGCAGGGCGAGAUAUUGUCGUAUCUCCCGCCGAUUUUCAAGCGAUUUGAUUCCGUGACGAAAUUGGCUCUCCGAUGCGAUCGGAAAUCCAUCAGCGUUAACGACGACGCUUUCAUUUUGAUCUCGCUACGUUGUCAGAAACUCACCUGCCUCAAGCUUCGUGGUUGCCGCGAGAUCACGGACCACGGGAUUUCUACAUUUGCUCAGAACUGCAAAACUCUGAAGAAACUGUCUUGUGGCUCAUGCACUUUCGGAGCCAAAGGUAUCAACUCGGUUCUUGAUCACUGCUUUCUUCUCGAAGAGCUUUCCAUCAAGCGGCUUAGAGGAAUUCGUGAUGGAACCCAGCUGAUUGGUCCAGGAUUCUCCGCGGCUUCAUCUUUGAAGUCAAUUUGCUUGAAAGAGCUGGUCAACGGUCAGUCUUUUGAACCUUUAGUAAUCGGAGCUAAAAACCUCAGAACUUUGAAAAUUAUUCGUUGUUUAGGUGAUUGGGACAGAGUAUUAAAUAUUAUUGGAAAUUCAAAAAGCACUUCUUUGAACGAAAUUCAUAUUGAAAGGCUUCAAUUAACUGAUAUUGGAUUAACUGCGAUAUCAAAAUGUUCAUGCAUUGAAAAUUUACAUAUUGUCAAAGCUCCCGAGUGUUCAAAUACAGGGCUUGUUUGUAUAGCUCAGAAAUGUAGCUUGUUAAGGAAGCUUCACAUUGAUGGAUGGAGGAGUAAUAGGAUUGGUGAUGAGGCUUUAAUUGCUGUGGCCAGACACUGCCCUAAUUUACAAGAACUUGUUUUAAUUGGGGUUAAUGCAACCCACUUAAGUUUGACAGCAAUUGCCUGUAAUUGUUCAAAAUUGGAGAGGUUAGCACUUUGUGGAAGUGGAACGAUUGGUGAUGCGGAGAUUGCAUGUAUUUCUGCCAAAUGUGUGGCGUUGAAGAGGCUUUGUAUUAAAGGGUGUGCUAUAUCAGACCUUGGGAUCGAAGCACUUGCUUGGGGGUGCCCUAAUUUGGUAAAAAUUAAGGUCAAGAAAUGUAAAGGAGUGAGUAGUGAAGUGGGAGAGUGGUUGAGAGCACGUAGAGGAUCUUUAAUUGUAAAUUUGGAUGUUGAAGAGAUUGAUGUCUUCGAUGCCAGUGUUAGUGAUGGUGGACUACAAGAAAGUGGUUUGGAGGUUCCAAUGAUGGGAGGGCAGGUAAAUGUUCCUGAUGCCUCACCAAACAUUGUUGGUAGAUUGUCCUAUUCGAAGGUAAAGAUUGGACUUGUUGGCGGUUGGAAUUUGGCGGCUGGCAAAUUUAGAAGAUGGGCAAAUGGUGAAAGCAGCAGUUCUAAUGACAAAUUAUGAAUGAUCUGUAAAAGAUUUGGAAAAUUCAAUCUUGUCGUAGUCACUUUAUUCUUGUACUUUGAUACAUUGAAAUGAUGUUGCGUUUUAAGCCUUUUUUGGCUUCAAUGUUUUAGUAUAUUUUUUUUGUGAGAACUUGUAAUUUGUUAAAUGGAUAGGUGACAGAAAUUGAUUGUGAAAGAUUCUUGUUAUUCCUGUUUAACAUUGUAUGCCAAACUGGUUAUGAUAUGAGGAUUUAAUCCUUCAA